AUGCACAUUCUCAUUACAGGUGCCGCCGGGUUCAUCGGCCAACUACUUGCCAAAGAACUAUUGAAUGACUCAGAAUACCGCAUUACUUUGACCGAUAUCCACCAACCGCCGAUUCCCCAGGGCGUCCGUUACCCCGAGAAUGCGACUGCAAUAAAAGCCGAUCUUCUCGCGGGUGCAAAAGAUGUCGUUGACUCUUCACUCGAUGCCGUCUAUGCCUUCCACGGUAUCAUGUCCUCCGGCUCCGAGGCCAAUUUCGAUCUAGGCAUGAGCGUCAACGUGGACGCCACGCGCAACCUGCUCGAGGCAUUACGACACACCUGCCCCGGAGUGCGGGUCAUCUACGCAUCUAGUCAAGCUGUCUAUGGUCAACCAUUGCCCGAGGUGGUGACCGACAGCGUCAUUCCGACCCCGGAGUCCUCGUACGGCGCCGAAAAGAUUAUCUGUGAGACUCUGAUCAACGAGUACACCCGUCGCAAGUUCAUCACUGGCUUCACUCUUCGUUUCCCAACUGUCUCGGUUCGUCCGGGUGUACCUACUGCCGCUGCUUCAUCCUUUCUCUCUGGCAUGAUCCGUGAGCCUCUGGAUGGCAAGGAGUGUGUUAUUCCCAUUGAAGACCGUUCGUUCAAGUCGUGGCUCUGCUCGCCCAAGACUCUUGUCUACAAUCUUCUUGUUACUUUCCGUCUUCCCGGAGACUCUGUUCCCCCGCAUAUCCGUCAGAUCAAUGUUCCUGGUAUCUGUGUGACCGUCCAAGGAAUGAUGGAUGCGCUCGAAAAGGUUGCUGGUAAGGAUAAACUGGCUCUACUCCGGGAGAAGGAAGACCCUGCCUUGGUACCUAUUCUCAAGUCGUGGCCCACGCAGUUUGAUAAUACCCAGGCCAUUUCACUGGGCAUGAAGCGGGAUGAGUCUUUUGAACAGACAGUGCUGGACUACAAGGUGCAUUUAGAGAGCUCCUGA